GCCGGCGGUGCGCCCGCCCCUGGAGCCCGAGCCCGGCGGAGCCCCGGCGCUCCCUGCUCGGCAGCGGCGGCGACAGCAGCCAUGAAGUCGCUGUGUCUGGUCACCGUGGGGGUUCUGGCCAUGACGCUGCUCAUCGCCAGCAUCUCGCUGCUGGUCGCGCACGUCUUCCAGACAGUGGUGGAUCUGCAGGUGAAGCAGGGAACAGUCCUGAAGAAUGGCACAGAAACCUUUGAGGCCUGGGAGGACCCUCCCCCCCCAGUCUACAUGCAGUUCUACUUCUUCAAUGUGACAAAUCCUUUGGAAGUGCUGCAAGGUGCCACUCCUCUCGUGGAGGAGAUAGGACCAUACACCUACAGGGAAUACAGGCCAAGAGUGCACAUUCAGUUUUUGGACAAUGGAACCAAAGUGUCUGCUCUAAACCCAAAGACUUAUGUAUUUGAACCUGAGAAGUCAGUGGGAGACCCUGAAGUGGACCUGAUCAGGACAGUAAAUAUCCCUGCAGUGACUGCCAUGGAGUGGACCAGGUCGACCCCUCUGCAGUUUGCCACGGAGGUGCUGCUGCUGCUGUACCAGGAGUCGCUGUUCACUGUGCGCAGCGUGCACGAGCUGCUCUGGGGCUACAAGGACAGGCUGCUCUCCACCAUCCACGUCCUGCACCCCGAGAUCGACCCCAUCUUCGGGCUCUUCAGCAAGAUGAACGGAACUGAUGAUGGAGAAUAUGUUUUCCUGAGUGGGGAGACAAACUACCUGAACUUCUCCAGGAUUGUGGAGUGGAAAGGAAAAGAGUCCUUGAGCUGGUGGACAACAGAGGCAUGUAACAUGAUCAAUGGCACAGAUGGGACAUCCUUUCACCCGCUGAUCAGCAAGGAUGAGAACAUUUACAUCUUUUCUUCAGAUUUCUGCAGACGUCAGUGUCUGCAAGCAGGGUGCUCCAAUAUUUCUGUCAGCUCCACAUUUUUACCAGGCAGAUCCAAAGUUUGUAGAGGACAUAGAGGGCAUGCAUCCCAAAAAAGAAUACCAUGAGACAUUUCUGGACAUCAAUCCUCUGACAGGGCUCGUCUUGCAGGCAGCCAAGCGGAUGCAGGUCAACGUUCAUGUCCGAAAACUACCUGAAUUUUUUGAAACCGGCAACAUCCGAACGCUGAUUUUCCCAGUGAUGUAUAUAAAUGAGAGUGUUCUGAUUGAUGAAGCAUCUGCCAGCAAACUCAGGCAUGUCCUGCUGGAAGCCAGUGUUGUGACUGGGAUCCCCUUUGUAAUCAUGGCUCUGGGGAUUGUGUUUGGGAUUGUUUUCAUUGUGAUGGCUUGCAGGUCCCAGAGGAUAACUGAAGAGGGAGGGGAAGUUUUAAUAGACUCAGAAUAAACGCGCCAAAGCAAAGGAGCGGAGUUAAUCCGAGAAGCCUGAGCACGGAAGAAGAGAGGUCCCCACUCAUCAGGACGUCUUAGUAGGUUUCAUUCCCCCUGUGAGAUUGGAGAGCAAGCGAUUAGAGCUGACCUAACACCAGCUGUCCCCUGUGGAGCCACGCUUGUGUCCAGCGCCACUUUUGGUGGGACAGAGGUGGAAGGGAGUCUGCACUGGCAGCCAGGGAGGAGACUUUUCUCUCAGCUAUGUUCCAACUUCCAAACUCCAUUUGCAAACUGCUCUGGAUCCUGCUUUUCUCAGCCCUGCCCUCUGUUUGUACCCACACUGGCAGCCACAGAGGAUCAGCACCGGGGACCGGCCCGGUUCCCUAUGGGAGUGACACGGGUGGCAGUGCCAAUGGCAAUGGGCUCCUGGAUGGCCCUGGGACAGGGACACACAGGCUGUGGGCUGGGUGCUGCUCUGUCCGUGAUGUGUCCUCACUGUUGUCACUGGUGUCCUUGCUCCUGUCACAGCACAGUGUGCAGCUGACCUGCCCCAGAGCUGCAGCUCUGCGUGGGACCGAGCCAGCGGCUGGAAGUGCUUCUCCAUGCAGAACACCUCGGUGUUCCCACUCUGCUUGCUAGCCAGGCUUUUAUCCUUCGGGUGUGGGCUUUGUUCUGCAGCUUCAGGCACCACAGCUCAGCCGUGCUCCUGGGCGGCAGGAGACACAGCCGCUGGGUGGUGCUGUGGGAGUUUGCUGGGAAUAAUGCAGACUUGGCAUGUGUGGGAUGAGAGCGCCCCUCCGUGUGAUGGACAGGGUCCUGAGAACUCCUGACACUUUUUUACUUGUCAAGCAGAAACUUGUGUUAAACGUCACCAAGGUUCCUCCCCCCCUUCCCAAUUAAAAGAAUAUUCUCCUGGAGGAAUGUUUCCAUUAGGUAGUGAGCUGUGUGUUCCAAGUGUAUAACUGUCUUCUAAAGAGGAGCAUUGGGGUGUGCAUUGCUUGGGCUUGGUUUGGGCUCUUUUUCCUGGCUGCUGCUUUGGUUCCUUCCCUGUGACGGUGGGGAGGCCCUUGAAUGGAUUCUGCAGAGAGCUCUGGCUUCCCCUGAAUCCCUGCAAGUGUCCAAGGCCAGGCUGGAUGGGGCUUGGAGCAGCCUGGGAUCGUGGAAGGUGGGCCUGCCCACUGUGAAAAGCAGAAUUCACUGCUUAGAAUUUUGAGAAGUUUAAUAAUAAUAGUAUUUAAAAAGGACCAUAUUUCCAGGGCUGGGGUGCUCCUGACCAACAGCCAAAGAACACCCCUGGGUAUACAGACAGUGUUAUCUUUAUAGUGUUACAUCACUGAGAUACACACAUAUUCAUGUGUUUCCUGCAUUAUUCAAACAUUCUUGUGAACUUUAUGAUGUUUUGGGAACUCCUUUGUUUGACUUCACCAUCCAGCUUAUCUGAAUGACAUCCUGGUUGUCAGGUCAAUAUAUUUUAUUUCUCCUUGU